AUGUCUUCGCCGGCGAUAUCAAGCAGCCGCUGCUUCGUCCAGAGGCUGAUGAUGUCUUUACCAAAACCAAAACCAACAUCAAAACCGUAUCCGGUUGGGAGGGAUCAUCCCCGGAAGCAACGUCAGGACUGCACCAAUAUUCGCGGUCCAUUAUCGCUGCUUCAAAGUAGAGUCCGCUUCCUGAUCCAUGACGUUUCUGACCUCGACAUUGCAGCCAAACACGCCCGUUCAGUUGUUAGGAAGAGGAACCCCGAGAGGGCCAUCUCGACCUGCAAGGCAAUCAUCGGCGCCAUGUGCGACAAUGGCCGGUCCGGCGACGCCUUGGAUCUCUUUGAUUUCUUUUUUAAUGAGUUUAAGAUGAAGCCUGACAUUGCUACCUGCAAUCUCAUAGUCAAAUCCCACUGCGAGCAAAGCCGCCUUAACGACGCUCUUGAGCUCUACAACCACCUCUCCUCUUACCACACUCCUUCUCCCGACCACAAAACGUACGACCUCUUGACCAAAGCCCUGGUCGAUGCCGGAUCGAUGGACCAAGCUCUGGAUCUCUUGUUGAGAGGCAGAAAUGACUUAUUCAAUUUCCUAGAGCCAGCCAUGUACAUGAAUCUCAUUCGUGGCUACUUGGAACGAGGGAAUCUCGACAUGGCGUAUCAGCUGCGGGACGACUUCAAGACGUGUUCCACACGCAACAAGAUCACAAUCCUAAAUUCAGCAUUCGUCGAGUAUUUGUUCAAGCAAGGUAAUGAUGAAGAGGCCAUGGGGCUAUACAGGACCUCGUUGAACAACAACGGCUUCACAUCAAACGGAGCUGUGGGGAAUGCGUAUUUGAAAGUGUUGCUCAAGUACGGAAAGAAAACCCAAGCAUGGUCAUUGUUCCGAUAUAUGGUUGACAAUUUCGACGGCUGGAGUGCGUUUCGUGAAGAGAAUAUUAAUAUGAUGGUGAACGAGUGUUUCGAGACGGGUCGCUUCAGCGAUGCAGUCAACAUCUUCGCCGAGACAAAGGCAAAGGUGGACUACUUGUCUGUGGGAGCUUACAGGAACCUUAUCACAAGGUUGUGUCAGAAUGGGAGGUUGUCGGACGCUGAGAAUGUGUUUGGUGAGUUUUUGAAAGAAUAUGUCACGGAAGCAGAUGCUGCAACCUAUAAAGCAUUGAUUCAUGCAUAUGUUGAGGCUGGAAGGGAAGAUGAUGCCCUUCAAACUGUAAACAAGAUGAUAGUUGCUAAUUUCCACAAGGUUAAUAUUAUGUUUCUCUAA